AUGCUCCCAUUCAUCCGUGGUCUCACACCUAUCCCAAGGCUCUCUGGGUUCAGAUUUCAGUCCACCCAGAACUACUUCCAGCUUUUUCCCAAAACGUUUCCAGGCGGCCGGUUUCCGCCAGCAACCUCGUACAAAGACGUGGACUUGAAGAAAUUGCGGAAGGAGUUCAGAGCACUCCAGGCACAACACCAUCCGGAUAUCUUGGGCUCCCUUUCCGAUGAUACCGUGCUGUCCGAAGCUGCCUCUGAAGACGUCUCUACGUUGCUAAACAAGGCGUAUAAUACGUUGAAGGAGCCGUUGAGCAGAGCCCAGUACAUUAUCAAGACAACCAUCCCACAGGAGAUCCAAAUCGACUUGACGAACGAUGCAGACCUUGCCAAGAAGAUCCUCACAAAAGACAAGACUUUCUUGAUGGACGUGUUGGACAUCCAUGAGAACUUGGAGUGUAUUACUAAAGAGGCCGAGUUGGCCGAAUUCAAGCGCGAAAACGAUACCAGGAUGCAAGAGAGCAUUGCCAGAAUCGACGCCUUCUUCCAGGCAAAGGACUAUGAAAGUGCCAUUUAUGAGUGUGCCAAAUUCAAAUAUUGGUGUAAUAUUGAUGACGCCGUGAGGAACUGGGAAGCUGGAAACUAA